UGGAGCCAUUGAAAGGCUACUACGUCAUCAAUGUGCGCAGCCUGUGCCGCUGCAUCGUAUCCGAAAUUUCUGCACCAAAGAGGCGAUUAUCUUAAUAAGAAUGCCUCUUCCUCCGGCAUUACUGGCCCGCUUGGCCAAGAGAGGGAUUGUGAAACCGUCAGAGCAAGGGGCAGAUGAAGAGAUUAUUGCUGAAGAUUAUGAUGACAACAAUGUAGAUUAUGAAGCCACCAGGAUAGAAAAUCUGCCACCCAACUGGUAUAAAGUCUUUGACCCUGCUUGUGGUCUUCCUUAUUACUGGAAUGUGGAGACAGAUUUGGUAGCCUGGCUAUCCCCAAAUGACCCAUCUGCUCAGAUAACAAAAGCUGCAAAGAAACAAAAAGCAGAGGGAGAUGACAGAGGCGAGCGUCAAUUUGAGAAGUCCGAUAGAGAGCGGGACAGAGACAGAGAGCGGUACAGAGACAGAGACCGGGAGAGGGACCGAGAUCGCGAGAGGGACGAUAGAAGGGACCGAGACAGAAGGAAGCAAAGGCGAGAAGACACAGCACCUUAUAAUAAGGGCAAAAGAGGCAGAAAAGACGAUGAACUGGAUCCAAUGGAUCCAAGUGCAUAUUCUGAUGCUCCAAAGGGCUCAUGGUCAAGUGGUCUUCCCAAACGCAACGAAGCCAAGACAGGAGCCGAUACCACAGCGGCUGGGCCUCUGUUCCAGCAGCGACCGUACCCCAGUCCAGGAGCUGUACUGCGGGCUAAUGCUGCUAAUCAAAUUCCUAAAGAGUAACAUCAAGUCCCGGCUGUACUUGGAUGUCAUUUUACUUUACUGGUAACUCAUAAGUUCAUAAGAACAUUUGUCUGAGGUUUGUAAUAAGCUCCAAUUGUAUCUGACCUUGCAAUACCACUUUGUUCCUAAGGAGAGGGGCUAGUUGGUGUGGAAUAUGAUGUGCUUGGAUUAGAAACUAGACAAAAAUAUGUAAAUAUGUUUUGAUAUGAUGUAAAGGAGUGGAUACCUUGUCACUAGGAUCAUCAUAGACAUGGUAUGCUAAUAAAUUCAAAAAGAACUU